UUGAAUAAAGAGAAGCGACAGAGAUAACCUGGUAUUCAUUUUGACACUUUCUGACAGGAAACAUUAGUGUAACAGAUUAGUCCACCUAUUCUACUCCAUUAAACUUUGAGGGAAUCAUCAGUUCAUCACUAAGUGCUGUUUUUAACAACAAAGGGAUCUCAUCACCAUGGAAAUGUUUACAAUUUCCCUGCUUCUCUGUGCUGCGUUUGCUCUGAGCGGUGCAACAGAGGAUACAACUGUCAUGGAAAACCACAUGGAACAGAGCUCACCUGCUGAGGUGGCGAAGGCGGAGAGGUGGAGCAGGGACUCUUGCCCACCUGGCUGGCUCAAGUACGGGGCACGGUGUUUCAUGUUUGUACGUUCCGGCAAGACGUGGAUGAAUGCUGAGCGGUACUGUGUGCACUUCGGAGCAAACCUUGCAUCCAUCCACAGCUCUGAAGAGUAUCAUUUUGUGCAAGAGUUGAUCAUACUACAGACAGAAGACUUUACCCCUGCCUGGAUUGGAGGAUUUGAUGCUGUUCAGACCCGAGUGUGGCUCUGGAGUGACGGCUCUAGAUUUGACUACAGGAACUGGCUCACAGGAGAACCCAAUAAUUUCGGUGGCAGAGAGCAAUGCAUGAUGAUGAACAAUGGAGGUGAAAAACGCUGGAAUGAUAUUCAAUGUGGAUCUAUAUUUCCAUCUGUGUGCUCCAAAAGGUUGUGUUAAAUAUGCCAUCAUAACAUCAACUGAACCACUUUUUUGUAAUCCCUUUUGUCAUUAAAACUGUACAGUAUUAUUGAAGAAUGUAAAUAUAUGGUAGGCCUAUAGUUUUUGUGAAUCAUAGUCAAGCAUGAGAUUUAACUUAAGGGGGAUUUUCUAUCAUGUAAAUAGGCUGUCGUCAAUCUUUUCAAUGAUGCUAAUCAUGUAAAAUGCCAUAGUGAAGUUUUGCUGCUAAUAAAUAUUAUCCCUAAUA